AUACAAACAUUCGAUAGAUCUUGAUUUCCUUUUUUUCUAUCUUUGAUUUUUAAUUUCAAAUCGGAACGUUUUCAAUUUCAGAGAAACGAAUUUGUGAGAAUUUGAAGAUUCACUACAGAGCUAUCAAAAUGACUUCGAAUCGUGCCAUUUUAAGGAGUGGCAUGUCAUUGGACGAUGAGUUCAAUAAAUGUCAAGAAAUCGAGUUUACACACGCACAGUUCCUAUUUCGAUCGUACCUUUUUCCAUUUGUCUAUUUAUUUGGAAUCAUAUCAAACUCCAUUAACAUAUGUGUCUUCUCACAGAAAUCUAUGCGGAAUCAUACAGUUAAUUGGUUUUUCCUAGCACUUUCCUUCUCCGACCUUUUGACACUUGUCGCAUCAAUCUUCGUGUUCUCAGUUCCAGUUUAUGCUGAAAACUCCCACAAUCCAGAGUACAUCGACUUAUCUGUUCAAUUGAUUGUAUGGUUCUACCCACUUGCACAAAUUGGACUGACAAUGUCUGUUUAUGUUACAAUUCUUGUUUCAGUACAUAGAUAUCUUGGAGUUUGUCACCCUUUUUUGAUCCGUCGAAUCUCCAAUUCAAAUGCAGUGAAAGCAGUUAUAGUGGCUGCAAUUGUUUUUGCAUUUGUAUUCAAUGCGAGUAGAUGGUUUGAACUUCAUGCUCAGCCAUGUUCAUUUGGAACUGAAGGACAGACAAACUCGUCUGUUGUUUAUCCAACAUCUCUGAUGAUGAAUCGUAUGUAUACUCUUAUUUUCCGAAAUGCAGCUUAUACAAUUGUCAUGUUCUUCCUACCAUUUGCUAUUUUAACUUAUGUUAAUCUUCGAAUAAUUGCAACACUCAAACAGUCAUAUAAAAUGAGAAAAGCGAUGACAACAUCUCGAUCAAAAAGAAGUGAUUCUACAGUACCCACUGACACAAUCGUUACAAAAAUUGAUGGAUAUUCGGCAGUUGUUCCAGUUGAAAACGGAGAAAAAGGAAAUGGAAUUCUCAUGGGUGGAGCUAACAAUGGAAGUGUGAAAAAUGACAAAAAAGAAAAUGGAGUGACUGUAAUGCUUGUGGCAAUCACAACCGAAUUUUUACUCUUCAACCUGAUUGCAUUUGCCACAAAUAUUAUUGAAUUAUCAAGUAUCAGAUUUUUCGCUGAUCUAGAAACUCUAUUGGUGGAGCUAUCAACAUUUCUGGUGAACGUCAACGGGGCGUCGACAAUUAUAAUUUAUUUAAUUUUUGGAAGCAAGUAUCGCAAUGUGUUCAUUCGACUUUUUCGAAAAAAUUUGGGGCACAAUUUUUGUGGUAAAUCCCCAAAACGUCCGAUUGGGUAUUCUCAAGCUCAUUUCGAGACAACUCAACUUCUGGAUAAUUCCAGAUUUGAUUUAAAUAGAAGCAAGCAAGCGAGCGUUAUUCGAAAAUCCGAUCUUUCACCUUCCACUCGAUCAUCUUCCUCGAGAAGACCAACGAAUUCAUGAAAGUUCGAAACAUUCUUAAAUAUUUGUGCUCUCUAAACCUUUCAAAUUACGGGUAUUCUCUAUCGGGUUAAUAUAUUUUUCAAGUAAACCUUCCCUUCUCUUUGAACUAAUUAACAUAAAGUUUUCAACAUAUAUUUAUGAUUGAAAAAAAUUGAAAUAAACAUAUGACAUUAUA